AUGCGCGCUCCCAAUCUCUGGCUCUGGGCCUCUCUUGCGGCUCCGUCUUUCGCCGUCCAUGCCCCAUGGAACCUCGGAAAUGGAUUUGAGCUCACGGUGAACAACAGCACCAAUCGUUUGUCUAUUGUUCAGGAUGGUCAGACUAUCUGGGACACUGUUCCAGGUCAAAGCUUCCUUAGUGCCAGUGCAGGAGAUGACGAGGUCAUCGCCGCCAACGGCAACUUCAAGAUCAACGAAGUCGACCACAACAAGUGCAGCGGUCAGAAGAUUACCAAUGUUGCCCUCCGCUCCUGGCACGGCAGUGCCAAUGCUCAUGCUGCAGUCAUCGAGGGUCAGCUCACCGGCUGUGGUGAUGCUAGCCCCGAAUUCUCUGUCGCAUUCUGGGUUCCAUCUCAAUUCCCCGAUCGCAUUGCCUUCAACGUCAACGUUAAGCCUGGAUCUUCGUCGGAUGCUGCCACGAAGGUUUUCCUCACCUACCGAUCUUCGCCCAAUGAGGACUUCUACGGUCUCGGUGCUCAAGGAUCUUUCGCUUCCUACAAGAAUCAGUCUGUCCCAAUCUUUUCCCGUGAGCAGGGUGUCGGUCGUGGUGACCAGCCUACCACCGACUUGGAGAGCAAGGACAGCUUCUUCGCCGGUGGAGAUCAGUUCACAGCCUACUCUGCCGUUCCUCAGUACAUCAGCUCCGAUGCCCGGGUGUUCCACCUGACCCAGGAGAGCUCUGCCUACACCAACUUUGACUUCACCAAACCCAGUGCAGUCACUGUGCGCUAUGAUGCCCUGACUGUUGAUGGCUACCUUAUGCAAGCCAAGGAUAUGCUUAACGGUAUUUCCAUGUUGACCGAGUACACCGGCAAGAUGCCUGCCCUGCCCAAAUGGGUUGAUACCGGUGCCGUGCUCGGUAUUCAAGGUGGUCAAUCCAAGGUCAACCGUGUAGUCGAGCAGGGUCUCAAGCUCGACUGUCCCGUCGCCGCUGUUUGGUUGCAGGAUUGGUCCGGCACCCACUCCCAGAGUGUGUCUUACAUGUCUCUGAAUGUCUCUCGUCUCUGGUGGAACUGGGAGAACGACGAAAAGCUAUAUCCUACUUGGAACAAGUUUGUGCAAGCUCUUCGCGACGAGCACAACGUCCGCACUCUGGCGUACAUCAACCCGUUCCUGGCCAACGUCAGCAGCAAGCCUGAUGGCUACCGCUCUAACCUCUAUGAUGAGGCCACUCGCUUCGGAUACAUGAUUCAAAACUCCACUACCAACGACACCUCUGUCAUUUCCAGUGGUCCCGGCCUUGAUGCUGGUAUCCUUGAUCUCACCAACCCCGCUGGACGAUCUUGGUUCAAGGAAGUCUUGCUGGACCAGGUUUGGAAUGCCAACAUCUCCGGCUUCAUGACCGACUUCGGCGAGUACACACCCAUCUACAAGGACACCCGUUUCGCCAACAAGAGCAUCGACCCCUUCUUCUACCACAACGCGUACCCUCGCCAGUGGGCUGCUCUCCACCACUGGAUUGGUAAGAAUGUGUCCCAGUUCUCGGACUCCAUCCUCUUCCACCGCUCGUCGGCUAUGGCUUCCAACCGGUACAUGAACCUCUACUGGGCCGGUGACCAGGACACCAACUGGGGUGUCAAUGAUGGCAUCAAAUCCUCUAUCACUGUCAUGGGCCACAUGGGUCUGUCCGGAUACGCUCAUGGCCACACUGAGAUCGGUGGAUACACCACUACAUGGGACAGCAACGGUGUUGUUAACCGCUCCUCCGAGCUUCUCGGUCGCUGGGGAGAGCUUUCCGCCGUGUCCAGUGCUGUUUUCCGUACCCACGAGGGUAACGUUCCCCAGGUGAACGCGCAGUUUUACUCCAACUCUACUACCUACUCCUGGUUCAGUUACAACGCCCGCAUGUUUGCCAGUCUGGCCACCUACCGCCGUCGUAUCUUGGACACCGAGAGCAAGAAGCUGGGAUGGCCCUUGCUCCGCAUGCCUGUCAUCUACCACCCCACUGACCGCGUGGCGAAGGCUAUCAGCUAUGAGAGCUUCUACCUUGGCUCAGACCUGUACGUGGCGCCGGUCCUUGAUCCCGGUCGCACUAGCGUGAAGGUCUACUUCCCCGGCAAGAACGAGACUUACACUCACGUGUGGUCUGGAAAGAAGUACCACGGUGGCCAAACUGCUCGUGUGUCAGCUCCAUAUGGAAAGCCCGCGGUCUUCGUCGUCGGCACCCCGAAGAACCACGACCUAGAUGAGUUCCUGCAGUUCGUUCGACAGGAGAACAACACCGUCAUCCACUUCUAG